CUUAAGCAUCUGUUCUGUGAAAUCGUAGAUAUUUCCCCCCCAUUCCAUCCCACUACAGCAUUGAAAUUAUCUGAAAUUAUCUAUGUCUUAGUCAUGCAUGCUUGAUCAAUGGAAUGUCAAGCUGGUGUCUCUCCCAACAGUAUCCCCACUAACCAUCGAUGCCAUAUUUAUAUGUUAUGUCAAACUAUACGAUACACCCGCCUGCAGAGCAGAACAACCCCCACACCCGGAAAUAAUACGAUAGUUACCCAUUACUCAAUACUCAAUACUCAAUACCGAAUUCCCAAUACCAUCCCCGUUUUCUGGCCAUAUAACAUUUAUUAACCAUCAACGCCUAACCAAGGAUCCAGCCAACCAAACCCGCCCACCAGCCGCAGCCCAAUCCCAAGAAUCUCUCGCCGCCUUUAGCCCUCUGCUUGCUUAUCCUGUCACCCGUCACAUCAUCGCUAGCAUUGCCUUGCCAUCUCUUCCCACCACCACCCCUAUCCUAACCGCCGCGUUAUAACUGGCUGCCCAGGAAAGCGGUGGAGGGCCUCUGCCGCCGUUCCACAGGAUUCUCGCCCCCUCCCAGAAGGAAAAAAAAGAAAACUAGGGAUACAAACUACAAGACGGGGGGUGCCUAGGACUCAAUGGGCUCAACUAGGCCGAGAUGAAAACUCGAACGGGCUGGGAACUGUGGACUUGGACUUUCGUUUUGUGGACUGGUGAGCGGGGUCAGUGAACCCUAACUGAGGCCAAUCGGGAAUCGGACAUAGGAGGGCGAGGGGGAGGGGGUUAUAGCAGGGGGUUCAAAGGUGAAUGGGGGGGAGGGGCGCAAUGGACGCGGAUUGGGCUGGAGCAGCAGGCAGCCCGACUAAGUAGAGAGGAACGGGCUGGGUGAGCGUCCCACACACUUCCGAAAGGGGCAAAGGGGGGAUUGGAUAGGGGCUGCCACGGAGAGCGAGUGGCGCCGGGAUGUGAAGGGAUGCGACGAGGGGGGGAUGGAGACAGAGGACAACCGCCAUUGGAGGACGGUGCUUCAUUUUUGCGUUUUGCCUUUCCGUCUGGCCUUUGUCCUCGUUUCUCCUCUUUCUCUCCUCUUUCUCCCUCGGAUUCCCUCCCCCCCUAUCAGUCUCGCUUCCUCUUCCUGAAUAGGCAUGAUGGCUCCCCGGCGUGGCUAUAAAAGGCUCCUCCUUUUCCUCCUCAUUGUCUUCCUCUUCCUCUUCCUUAUUUUCUCGUUCUUCUCUUCAGCUUCAUCAUCAGCUUCAGCAUCUUCACCGACUUCUCCUACCGGCCCCUUCUUAUUGACUCUACCCUAUACCAUCAUCUUAUACCUGCCUGCCUUCACAGCCCUCCACGACUCCCUCAGCUAUACUCAACCUCUUCUGUAGUAUAUAUCAGAUACUACCCAUUGCUCGUUAUACUCCCCCUCUCUGUCUUGAUACCCUUUUUCUUACCAGACACCCAUUGUUUGUUCCAAUAGUGAAGAAGAGAAAACAUCCGUCCCCCUCCCCUGCGCUGUAGUCUGUCAUUUGUUACCAAUUUCCAAUUCCACUUCUUUUUGAGAAGACUGGACCUGUUGCCUGUUACUCCCGAGCACCAAUUUUGCUCCCUUCAAGGCACUCAAGAAGCUCGAAGCAAAUAGAAACAAGGGAAAUUCCCCGUUUUUCGCCGAAAAGACCAAAAUGGAUUCCAUCAGAGGCAAUUACUACCAGCCCGCCUCUUCUCUCCCCAUCGCCAUGCCUUCAAAGGCUCCCGCGGGUGCAAAUCUCUAUCCCAUCUCCCGUGUGGCUGGUUCGCCUCCGGAAAUAUCCGAUGCAAGCACUACGACCGGCAGUGCGAGCGGUGAAACCUUCGAUACCUCCUCCGGAGGCUAUUCCGGUGUCGAUGUGAUGGAUAUGCUGAAUGACCGCAUGUCCAAUGUUUUCGACCCCAGCCGAUUGGACAAAGGGGUAGCUAAGCAGGCGAAACUCUCCGGCCAUCUCAACGCCAAACAGCAAGAACUCUUGGAACUCCAAGCGCUUGCUCAGCGACGACUCAAAAAUGCGCGCGCCAAUUUUUCCGACGGCAUUAAGGCCGCCAAGGAGACCAAACAGGAUCUCGAGUGGACUCAAAAACGGGUCAGCAAUAUGAGAGCGAAAGCCGAGCGGACUUUGCCAGACGAGUACCGCAUCGCGACAAACAAAUAUGCCCAUCCCGCUGGCUACUGAACUUUGUCGUAAAUUUGAUACCCCUAUAAUUCAACCCUCGCUUUAAUGAUUUAACGACUCAUGACGGUGGCUUCUUUUGUACCUUUGUCAACAAAAAAUCUCUUUCUUACAGUUUUCGUUAUUUUGGAAUUCGGACAGGCUGCCUGGUAUAUUUACUACGGAUUUUAAGUCACAGCCUCGUGACUUUUGGAGAGGGAAAUCUGGGCUUUCUUGAUAUGUAUUCUGAUUUUGGCUUUAGUUUCGUUUCUUUUAUGGGUGGUGGAGAUUUAUAUCGGUUUUUAUACUCCCGUUUUCGAACUAGGAAAUCUAUUUUUAUACCCGUUUUAACCCCCCUGAGCAGUCGAUUUUCUUUGCUUUUUCUGCUUACGACAAAUUCCUUUUCGGACCAGCCAGCCAAAGGGAUCGGAUAGGUGGGCGAUUAGGAGCCCUACCGUUCGCUACGACGGCAGUUACAAUCUGGACCGCCGCACCUGCGCGUCUGGGAACUUGACAGCAGCGCCCGGUAGAGCCCAGUAGCGCCCUGCAGCUGUACUGCUCCUCAAAACAUUCUAGAACGAAUACCACGUCACAUGAGCGUCACGGGAAUAGCACCAACGAAGGCCCCUCCGCGAUUGAUUCGCCGAAAACAUUCCCCAGGGCCAUAUGCCGGACCUAUGACUAUCGUAGCAGCAAUUCCGCUAUCUCCACAUUCCACAUCACGAUGAGAUGUACCUUCCGAAUCUCCGCCGUGAAUGGUGAUGUUCCCGCCCGCCACCAUUUCCCCGCUCCACCCCACGUUUUCGUCCAACUCCCUUGCCGCUUUUGGGGCGCCUUUCUCCCGUCCCUUCCCCUGGCGGCCCCUGGCACUUCUAAGCGCGGACGACCCACCAUGAUCCACCCACCCACCAGGUACACGGGCCAGUUAGCCGUAAGUCAUGCCGCUAUGAUAUGCAGGGGCGAGGCCCAGCAACGAGAUGACGUUUUUCGGCUAUUGGUACAGUAUUGUAUUAUAUUCUGUAUGGUAUGUAAAGGAUGUAUGUACCCUAAACAGACCAGACCGCAACGAUCUAGGGCACGUAUACAUGGUAAGGGAUAGCAGUAGUAGGCAGAGUAUCUAAAGAUCAGGAAGUACCUACAUAAAUGCACCCCCACGCUUCGUAUGAUUAAUACCAUGUACCAGGAAAAGGGGAGAUGGACUGUAAAAUACAAUAUUCGCCCAAUCCAUCCCAGCAUUUGCAAAAGAUUAAAGACAAGAAUUUUUGGGGACAUCCUGCUAUGUAAAAUAGGGAAAUAUGAAGGUCGCCUUUAAGUAGUUGACCAAUGAUAGAUCCCUUGAGCUUGUGUGUUAUGCAAAUCAAGUGGAUAGCACUUAACUGGCAUGGAUAAAUUAACUCCUCC